AGCGGCAUAUAUUCAGAACAACAUAAACACUCUGCACAGAUUGUUUUUCCAUGGAAAUACAGUCCCUUUGGGGUCGAUAUUCAAAUCGAGCUUCGUUCUCCGCACAGCAAGUUUCAAGUCCCGAAAUGUGGCUACCACUGAAAUUGUUUAGUACUCUGAUUGUUCUAUUGAUCGUAAAUGAGUCAAGGGGAGAAACUUUAAACAGAACUGACUCGGAUUCCACAAAGAAACUGGGACCGGCAGUAAGUCAGAUCGCUGUAGUUUCACUGCUUUGCUAUAUCCUCACGAUCGCAGUAUAUCUAUACGUAAAAGAACUUCGAAAUCGGAUCGGCAAGUGCUUUAUCUGCUGCUUAUUCUGCCUGUUUAUGAAAUGCCUCAUCUGGAUGCUGGAUGUAUGGGGCUUAUUGGAGGACUUUCGUGGUCCAGCAGGUUAUGUUACACACUUCUUCUGGGCGGCUUCUUUUCUUUGGUUUUCCUUCCUGAAUUGUUAUUUCAAGGACAGUUUUAAGGAAUUGAAAGGUAAGAUUCCCCGGAUUCCUUUCCUGGUCUACAACGCCUUUGUUUGGAGCGCUGCGGCCAUCCUGACUGGAGUCGUCUUACUAAUCAAUCAUUUUCGGGAGCACGAGACACGGUUUCAAACCCAGUAUUUCGUUACCAUUAAACCUUUGGACUUUCCCACUGUAAUCUACUUCUAUGGACCGAUGCUGAUCCUGAGCAUCUUAAACGUGUCCUUGAGUAUCUCUAAGCUAAUGAUGAUUCGAAGGGAAGUAGAAAAAUUAAACCCCUUUCAAAGGAGCUUGAGUUUCGCAACUUGCAUACGGUUGUCUACGAUCUGGGGAUUGACUUGGAGUCUGGACUUAUUUCUCUGUAUAAUGCAAGCCUACGAUUUUUGGCCAGAUGUCCUGUGGGUAUCCGACUAUUUUCAUGCGGCCUUUGGAAUUUCUAUUUUCGUGAUUUUUAUCGUUAGGAAUAGAACGCUUCAAUGGCUCAGAGAAGACAGAAAUACCCAACAGAAGCCACAGAUUCCUGACGUUCGAAGGGUAGAAACAUCCAUCUAGACAGUAAUUCUUAUUAAUAAAGCCGGAAUUCGUUCAAAUAUGGUCAUCAAGGAAAGAGUCUUAAG